GUACCACGUGAUCAUAACGAUUGUUUACAGAAUUUAAAAGUAGUAAUGGAUUUGUGACAUAGUUUUUAUAUUCUGGAUUUUAAAACUAGUAGGCAUAUUUAAUUCUUUAUAAGAAGUGUUGAUUUCUUUCAGAACUGUAUUCUACUAGAUAUGUCGAAAUCAACUGCUAUAUUUUCCCGUACUCCGGUUAAAAAUGUGAAAUCUUCACCGGCUUCAAGUAGACCGAACAGUGCCAGUAAGACAGCAAGAAAUCAGGCUACUCCAACCAAAACAGAGCCAAGCCCUAGGAAGUGUAGAGUACAAACUGAGAUUCAGAACACUACUGGCGAUGUGAAAGUUAGGAGCAGGAUGCAGCUCAGUUACCAGGUGACCAAAUCCAGCCCAAGGAAGGUCCAGGAUCAGAUCCAGGCUCCAGGUUCUGCAGGAGGUGUAAAGCCACAGACUUCUAGAGGGGAUCCAAUUUCUGCUAAAAACAAAUUGGAUUUCUCAGAUUCAAAUAAAGUAGAUGAGCCAUUAAAAGUUAAUGUCAAAUCAAUGCGCUCCUGUUUUGAGAAAAAAGAGCCCAAAGUUCAAUGUAGGCCUCCGCCUUCACCAUCGCCUUCAAGGGUGAAAUGUCGACUAGUGGAAAGUGCCCCGAUGACUCCACGAAUUACAAAUUUAAGUAAUAUCAGGGGGAUCCUGACAUCAAAAAGCAAGUAUGACAAUACACCAACUUUCCGGGUGCCUUCAGGAGGCAAUACACCUACGCCACGAACAUCCAGGCUGCGGCGGUCUGUUUCAACUGGAGCAUUAGCAGCCAAGGUUGAGGACAGUCCAGCAUCGGGGGCAGGUCGCUUGGCGCGGUCCAGCUCACAGACCAUCACACCCAAACACGUCAAGUUCCAGGAUGAGGCCACUCCAGAGUGCUUCUCUCCAGUGCUGCUGGAUUCCAGGACAGAGAUGGAGAGUGUGGACUGUGUGGCAGGAGAGACAACUAAUCUCACCGUAGCUGUUCGGGUCAGACCUCCAUUCACAGGGAUCUUAACAUUGCAUGUGGUUGACAGUUCUAUGUAUUCCUUAUUUCCAAUCAAAUGCAAGAAAAUGGAGCGGAGUGUGGUGUCAGUGGAGAACAACACAGUGAGAGUGAAGGCUCUCGGCUCGGAGCACUGUUUCUCCUAUGAUUUCUGUUUCCCAUCGACCGGGGACGCUGCCGCCUCCCAGCAGGAUGUUUUCCAUACCCUGGUAGAGCCGCUGGUCGACGUUGCGUUCCAAGGCUACAAUGUGUGUCUGUUCGCCUACGGACAAACAGGUUCCGGCAAGAGUUACAGCAUGAUGGGCGAAGAUACGGCGGAUGGAGUAGGCAUCAUACCUCGGUUCUCACAACAGUUAUUUAAGAUUAUUGAGAGUUCUGAGGAGUACUCCCACACCAAGGUGGAGAUCAGCUACUUUGAGAUCUACAAUGAGAAGAUCCAUGACCUGCUAGGGCCAGCACAGAACGGCCGAAGUGCACCUCUGCGUGUGCGUGAACACCCGGAACUGGGCCCAUAUGUGGUGGAUCUCACUGUACACAAUGUGCACUCCUUCGAGAUACUCCAGGACUGGCUUAGAGUGGGGAACAGUCACAAGGCAACAGCAGCCACUGAGAUGAAUAUGAACAGUUCUCGGUCUCACUCCAUCUUCACUGUUACCCUCACACAGUCACAGGCAGAAGACCGACCCAGUCUCUGCAGCAAGAUCAACCUGAUAGACCUGGCCGGUAGCGAGCGUCUGGCACACACCUGUGCGACAGGAGACCGACUCAAGGAAGGUGUCAGCAUCAACAGGUCUUUGUUGACUCUGGGUAAGGUGAUCUCCUCCCUGGCUGAGAACAAGAAGAGAGGGUUCAUCCCUUACAGGGAGUCGGUGCUGACAUGGCUGCUCAGAGUGAGUACAUCUCUUAGUUCAAUGUCUUAGUCUGUUUCUGUCUAAUUUGAUAUUCCAUCCGUUUUGUGUGAAUC